AUGGAUAGAACAGCGCUUUUCAAAGCUACUGUGAAGACUAUUCGAACUAAAAAUAAGGCGCUAGGUGUCAAAGAAACAAGCAGAGACAUUCUGAGUCCCAGCAGGAGACGAACUGAGUUUGGAAGUAAAGCAAAAGAUGUGGUAGGAUGAGAUUUAAUUAUUGUGUAGGAUUUUCAGCUGUAUAUUUUCUCCAUCUGUAUUUAGAAAGGUUUCAAAGUAAUCAUUUUAACCGUUAGAUUGCUGAUAUUUUCAUUUGUCAUUUACAGCUCAUGAACAUCACCAAACUGAGAGAUUUCCUUCUAGAACAUCAGAAAGACUACAUAAGUCCAUUCAGGUAAUUUUUGUACAUAAUUAAUGCUUUCUAUUUAUGUUGCUCGUUUCAUACAUUUGUUAAGUGAAAUGAUGUCAUUAAUUAAGGUAUUAGAUCUGCUAUAAACCAUUGCAUUUAAAAAAAUUGUUUCUCAAAUAAUAACGAAUUUUGAAAAAUGAAAAUUACACAGUCCUAUCAAGCGAGACCUGAGCUUUCAGAAAAUUGAUAUCUAAGAGGUCAAUUUUCGCACCUAAGGUGUUAUUUCCUUUAUAUAUCGCCGGCUCAAGAAUUCAAGAAGUCCUUAUUUCUGGCUUUCUCUCGAUAUCUAGGAAUAAAAAAAUGGAACUAACUUAUAAUUAGAUCGUUCAUUUACCGUUAAAUUCCUGGCAGUAGUAAGUUAAUUUUUCCUGAGAUAUAGAGGUUGAAUUUUUUUUUAAUACCCUAUAACUUCAGACCACCGCCAAAGGUCCAAAAUAUUCCAGCAAUUGCGGGGAAUUUGGUACAUUUUUCCUUAACAUUAUUUGAAUAAACCUGGCAAGUUUCAGUGUGGUAUUAUAAAUCCUCAUAUUUUUACAUCAAUUUGUUUUCAGUGCGGUCCAACGCAGCCGCAAUAUUGCCCUUAAUUCGCCCUUAAUUCUUGUCGCGCUUUGCUGUUUUCUUUGUCACGAUCUUGAAUUCUUACGAGCAAUUCAAAUUACCGCUGUUCUUUAUGUUCGUUGUGACAGUGACGCAAUUGUAGCAGAGAAAGUGACGAGAGAAUGCGAAAAUCUUUGUUUGAACUCGUUACAUGACGUGCUCUUAUUAUGGCAUUAUAAACAAUGUUUUAGCUUUAGUAACGUGCUAAUUUGCAUAAUAGGUCACUUAACUAGAGCCUUAUCUGUCAUCGACCUUGCAAGGAUCAUAUAUCUAAUGUGUCUCUAGGAGGCUUUUUACGGCCAUAGAAAUGACUUACAAAUAUCAAAACAAUAUUGUACUGUAUUUUUGGAAGCAGAAUAUAAGAGAAUUUUGCUAUAAUUUGCCCUAGCUUUCUUGAAACUCAUAAUGCGUUAUCGCGUGCCAGGUUGUGAAAAUUGCAACAUUUCUGUCAACAACCGUGAGUAUCGCGUUGGAUUUCAGGCCUGUGAUUAUUAAUAUUUCCAAAAUAGUGCUCAGAGAUACUAACGUUGGCCCUCAUUUUCUUGGCUUCUCUUUAGCGAAAAUGCUUCAUUUUUGGAAUUUGAGUUCAGGUUAAGAGUACUUUUCAAAUAAGCAAUUUUAUAGGCAUGAUCAUAUUUUGACUUUAUAGCAGUUAUAAUACCUUAAGAAUGUAUUGGUAAUGGAUUUAACACUUUUUGCAACUCAGUCAUUUGAGUUUGGAGGUGUCCAGUAUGACAGAUGAAGAGAGGGAUCAGAUAGACACAGAUGCUGAAACCUACAUGAGAACCUGUUCAGUUGCUAUAGAGGCACUCAAGUCUGAAGGUAUGAUUACAAAAGUAAAUACUCAGAGAGACACUGCAUUUACAUGUACAGUAUGUUGCCCAGUAUCCGGACGGUACCAGUAUCUGGACACUUGAAACAAAAACUCAAUUUUUGAGGCGCCCUUUUCAGUUCUCGGUAAAUGAAGUAUUUUCGAAUUUCAGAGCUCUUACGAUUAACAAAGGAAAGUUAUUGCAAUCUUAAACUGAAGUGUCCGGAUACUGGGCAACAUACUGUACAUGACACUUCUUUUUGUUACUCUAUUUUUAAGCUAAAUUACCUGAGCAUACACUGUACAUGACUGUACAGCCACAACCUGUGACCGUGUUGGUUGCCAUGGCAAGAAGAACAAAAUUUUGGGACAAAAAUUGAAUUAAAUGUCACCAAUUGACUAUUAAGCGAUGUGUGUUUGGUGGUGUACAUGUACCUGUAAAUGUACAAGUUGAUGAUUUUAAUAGUUUGUUUUUGUGGUCUUUCCAAUGUUCAUUUGAAAUCUUGAAAAAUUUGCCCUAGGUAUUACUGUCUUGUAGUACAUCUUCUUUAAAAUAUAUUUUCUCUUUCACCCUGCGGGCUGUCCAGGUAUUAAGCCUUGAGAUGUUGCGUGUGCAUCGAAAUUUGAUUUUAGUAGUUGGAUAGCCAUUUUGAUUAAUUUGUUUUAAAACAAUCAACAUUUUAUAUCUGGUGACUAUUGUGGGGCAAGGUGGUAAAGUGUCCUCUCCAAAAAGGAAUUGAGUGGCCAGGGAACUUUUUCUCUAGGAGCAAAAAAUUAUUUAAUUAAUUGUUGUGAUGUUAGCAUAAGACAGGAGCACCCAACGUCAUGUUUUGAAAAAAUAUCUGUUCAGAAGACGAUUUGAGUUCUAGAAUUUUCAGAACAUUUGUUGUAAAAUUUCUUGCUCACCUGCCUCUCCUAGGAUUUUCGAACAUCUAAAAACUGGUAUAAUUGACCAUUUUUAAUGGAUUUUUACCCUAAAAAGGUGACCUAGAAUUUUAGGGAGCCUUUAUUCUGGCUGAAAUUUUCAAAAAAGGUAAGUUUUGAUCCCUAUAUAUUUCGGAUCACUAGACUUUCAGCUAGGAAAUCCGAACAGAUGAACAAUUUUUAGGGGAUAAAAAUAUGCCUAUAUCUACUGUUGAAAUAUUAAACUACAUUCAACAAUGCUAUGUUUAAGUGGUUUUGAACCAUAUUCUUGUUGGGUGCCCCUGAUAAGAUUAUGUUGGACUUUAACCAUAGAGAAACUGCUGCAACUAAGUAGAAUAAAUUAAAGCAACAAUGUGUUAUUUUUGAUAGCACUGCAGUAUAAGAGAAGUGAUCAAGUGAUGACUCACAGAGAUGCUGUGCUUGGAAUGCUCGGACAGUAUUUAAAAGGCAAGCUUUUAACAUCUUUUUAUAAAAUAUUUUGAAAAGUCCGUCCGAAUAACUAGGUUUGAAUGUUUAGUACAAUGUGUUAAUAAACUGAUAGAUAAAAUUGGCUCGGUUUUACUUACGGGACAAAAGAAGUGGAGACUUAUUAAAGUUGAUGAAUGAUUACAAGAUGGAGGUACAUGUAUUACACAGGGGUUUCAAUAAAAAUUGAAGUAGGCAGCAGGUUUGAAUAAAGUAACUGACUGUAUCAACAAGGGGUCGUUAGUCACCUUUUUUUAGGGGGAUGGGGGAUGAAGGGGUCUGGGUGCAUUUUGCCCCAGAAAAUUUUGAAACUUCAAUGCCCUAAAAUGCGAUUUUGAGGGUUCUGGGGACUAAAAUCGAGGACAGAAGAGUGUGGGUUUUUCAUUCAAGAAAAUGUAGCUCUCAAUAUUUAUCAGUCACACAAUCAAUUCGUGCAAGCAACGAACAAAUGAACUAAAUUACGUACUUUUUUAAACCUAUAAAGUAACUUGUGAAAAAAUGACUGAAAUGUAGCAUUCUCAUAACUAAAGCAUAAUGUAAAACCAGUGGGCCUUUGUAUUAUAAAAACGCAUAAUAAUUAUGUUUUCAUUCAGUUUUUAUGAUAUUUUUUUUGUUUACAACGUUAUUCAAAAUAGUUGCUUCUUCUUUCUAGAAAAAAGUAGCCGACUUCUAUGAGCAAAGUAGCCAAUGUGUUUUGUCUCCCGGCGGUACUUAUUGAAACCCCUGAUUACAUGUACCUCAACCUUGUAAUCAUUUUUCACUUAUUCAAUAACCCAGUAAGAAGCUGUAGAACAGUUUCCGUAAAGCGAGGUUUUUUGUCAUGUGUCUUGACUACUGUUUGCUCAACUUCAGAAAGUGCAAAAUUUUGCGGCUAGAUAGGGCUGCCACCGGGGCAAGAAAAUUUGACUGCAUCACCCCCAUAUUAACGCAACUCCAAUGGUUGCCAGUUGCUCGGUAACUUGUAGUCAGAGAUGCUGUAAUGUCAUUUAAAUGUUUGCACGGACUAGCCACAGCAUAUUUGUGCAGCAAAUUCAUUGUACCAGACACAGAAACAAGUUGGAUCUACCGCUGUUCAGAUCAGUUACCGGUCAGCAGUCAUUUGUUUACAGAGCCACUCAGCUUUGGAAUGAAUAACACCUCAGACUCUAACAAAUGUGAAUAGUUUGAUUAAGGGGGCUCUUAAGAGUUGCACUUGGAAGAAUAUUGUAGUUACAUAACACCUUAUAAACUUAGAUUCUUUAUACUAGCCAGGAUAGUUUUUGUAUAUUUAUAAUUUUUUACUGUAAUUGUUAUAGAAUAACGGGGCUGUCAACCCUACCACGUCAUCAAAUAUUGAAAAUUGAUGGGGAAGAGAUGAUAGAUGACGUCACAAUGCAUGGCCAUGGCACAUGACGUCAUUUUGUGAAAAAAAAUGCGCGAAAAAGAUGUUGUUGGAAUUGUAACAUUUGACCUAAUUGGUUUACUUCCCACCAAUCACAUUAAUUUAUUGCUCAUAUUACAAUGGCAUAUUGAAGUUUGUGAGGAAACGUUCAAUGAUAACAGUAACUAUAGCUCAAAUAUUUGAAAUCUCAUUGUCAGAAAGUCGAAACUACAAGAAAUGGCAAACUUCGAUGAUUAUCCGGAAGAUUUCAGACUCUAAUCUGGAGACCGGGAGAAACGGUUCAAAAUCUAGAGUCUCCCAGAUUAUUCAGGAGAGUUGACAUCCCUGGUAUAACCAUUUUAUGGGAGUGAAAAAUAAAUUUUAAAAAACAAAUUUUGUAAAUUCAAAAUCUAGAGUCUCCCAGAUUAUUCAGGAGAGUUGACAUCCCUGGUAUAACCAUUUUAUGGGAGUGAAAAAUAAAUUUUAAAAAACAAAUUUUGUAAAUUAUUUUAUUUGUUUAGUUGCUAAGGUCUUGGUAGGUGUCAGAAAAAAGUAUGGAUUUAUUCUAAAUGACAUAAAUCAACAGUGUACAUGUAUUCCAAAACUCUUUGGUUUCUUGAGCCUCCUGGUUAUUCAAGUCAAAACUAAUUAUACAAUGUACAUAAGCUUCCUGUCGCAGUUAAACAUUGUACCCUUACUUUUACCCCAGAGUUUUUUUUAAUCUAGCCUCUCAAGAAUUGAAACCAAUUUCCUGUAGGACUUAAGUUAUUCUGUUACAGGUCAGCAGGCAUGAAUAAAGGUCCAGCUGUGACUUGAACCUUAUCACUAUCCCAACAGCUUCAGUCCCACCUGAACCUAUGCAAAUUAGGCCCAGUGUCUAAUUUACAAGGAUUCUUCCACCCAGGCGUUUCUGGAGUAGGGAUUCCACUUUAUACUUCUGUUUGUCAUUUGUAAUAAAAAGUCUUUGUAUUUUUUUCAUCUUACCGGUAGUUGUUUGCAGACUGUACAGUGAACAGAGAGCAAUCAGGGUAAAGAGAGUAGUGGACAAGAAACGAAUGUAAGUUAGAAGCAGCUGACAGUAUAGGCUCAGGGCACUUUCCAUUUGUCAGAACUGGCUGGCCAAACCAUGCCUUACUAGACAGUUUAAAAAAGGAAAUAGGCUUUUUCAAAGAGUUUUUGAUGAAAAAGUAAUGUUAUCCUUUUUGCUUACUAUUCAGGAUUUGAUUAAAAAGGAAAUUAUCAUUGCAACAGGAAUGGUCUGGCUGGUCAGUUCUGACAAAUGGGAAGCGCCCUCAGUUUCCAGCCUUAAGUGUAUUGAUGUGCCCACAGUAUUCCCUGGAGUGGGGAGUAAUGAGGGUGCAUCAAGCCACCCAAGGCUGGAGACUGAGCCUGAAUGACAGUACACUGUAAUAAUAUACACUUAAUGUCAGAUCUCGAGGGAAACAGUUAGUUUUGUUUUCCUGAGGGUCCAUCAGGACUUGAGGGAAAACAAAAGUAACUGCAGGUUUGCUGAGGGACCUGACAUUAAGUGUUUUGUUAUAUUUCUAGACUUUAAUUUGACCUCAAAUACUUAUAACAACACAAAUUUAAUUCUCAAAAUCACUGAAUGAAGGAUUUACAAAGUACCUUCCUUAUAUUAUCUGCAUCAUUUUCCUCCACUAGCUGCUGUUUUUCAUCUGGGAACUUCUGGGAUAACUUUAAAAAUUGUUGCUUUUUAGCUUGAGGCUUUGUGUUUGUGUUGUUGUGUUCAUUCAUGAAAAAAAACUGGCAGGACCUGGCAGUGUUUUUCCUGCCUUUUGUCAUGCCACUUUCCACCAUGCUUUGAUCACAUGCUGUAAAUAUGGAGCCCGAGCGGGGUACAUUGCUUAAUGUAUCACGAUCGGGAUACAUUUAAUUUUAGUCAAGGCCACGUGACCAAGAAUCAACCAAUGGCAGUCCGUGUUUAGUUGAGUGCAAGUCUAGGAAUAAUUAUUAUAAAGAUUCCCUAAGGUACCAAGACCCCCUCUCAAACCCCAAUAUAGUCUCCUUCAUCAAUUCACACAGUACUUUGCCUAUCUGCCAAGCCAUAGGCCAGUCAAAGGCAGGUUGUAGAUUUGAUUGGCCUUGUGGCUCAGUUGGUAGGAUUCAUAGAGUGUCUUUAGCUUACUACUCAGCACUCACAUUAUAACAUGGUUAACUGUUUUACUUUACAUUUGACUCCAUGCUUUUUUGUCUAGUGUUGGAUGAUACAUAGAGUUCACCCUUUCUUUUCCUCAGAUACUGUCCCUUGUGUACUUGUACUUGUACUUCUGAGGUAACCCCCAGUCAAAUCCUAGAUCCCCACAAGCCACCAUCCUUGGGGUGAUCACUGUCUUAUAAUGCCUUUUUCACCCUUUGAUUGUUAGUUCCCGUCUUCAGCCUGAUCAAAAGAGAGUCAAGCAAACAGCUAGCUCUUUGGAUUCUGCCACAUCAACUGCCAAAGAAGAUGCUUCCAAAGAAGGUAAAACAACAACUCAUCCAGAACUUGAAAUGGCUCCAUCUGUCAGUGAAGGUGAAGAACUGACACCAGAGGAAGUACAGCUGGUAAGUUGAUAUAUUUUACUGGACACAAAUCAUCAUCAUCAACAACAACAACAACAACAACAACAAGCUUUAUAUGGUAUUGCAAAAGCUAUUUUAUAAUUACAUUAUUUUGAAGAAUAAGAACUAAUGUUUAAUUUUAUAACAGGACAAUGAAGCUACUUUCAUUGUUAAUAAUUAAUUUGUUGCAAAAACAAAGCAAGCUGAAAUAUAUUUCAUGAAUAAUAUAUAUUGAUAAAGUAAUUAGAGGAGUUCAUCAUUUCAUUGAUCAAAAUGUCUACGGGUAAUUGGGUAAUUUUUGGAAUCAGAGUCUUAACUUUAUUUUCAAAAAAUAUUCCUAAUGAAAGAGUAUUUAGAACAAGUUUUAAAUCAAGUUGAUACAGUACAUGUCAGGGGCAGAUCUAGAAAAUUCAAACGGGAUACUGAGACACUUAAAUGCUAUAUAAAUACCAUUAUUAUUUUAUAAAUAAACUAAGAAUUCUUUAACAUAAUACAAAAUUUCACAGGAAAAGGGGAGGGGUGAGAGUAGUCCCUUUUAUAGACUCCUAGGUCUGCUUACGCAUAAGAAUUAUAUUCAGUGUCGAUUAGAAAAAAAAUAUCCUCUGGAUCCCAGGGUAGCCGCUCCCCUGCUUUCCACAUUCUAUCGUCAUGCAAUGCUCCUCCCCAGUAUGCAUGUAACAAAGCAGCUUCAUGACCUCUUAAUUAAUGUAAGCGGAAAGCUUGGUGCAUGUAUUUAUAAGUAAGAUUAUAUUAAACCAAUUGUGGGUUGUAGGAUAAGCCAAUUUUGAAAUAUCUGCCAGGGAUACAUGUCCGCUUGGUCUACUUUAAACAUAAACGUUUGCAGCUGAAGUAUAGGUACAUGUAAAUGUAUGGCUAUGAUUGUUUUCAAUAAACAUUUCAUGCUCAUAAAGGUGCUUUUUGAAUUUUCUUAUUUAAACUGACUAGUUUGAAAUGGAAAAUAAGAAGUUAUUUGCUGAAAUGAACAGUUUGGUGGAUGAAGUAAGGUGGGUGUGUGACGCAUUAUAAGUAUUACAGUAUAUUCCAGGGAUGUAUUCCAGGAGUCACAUAAAAUUUGCACCAAGGAUAAAACUGAACCCCUACACCCCAUAACAUCUACAAGCCACAUAAGUAUAGAGUUUAGUAUGAUAGUAUACAUGUAUGUACACUGUACAUGUUCAGUUGUGCUAUUUAACACUAAGGAAGUGGUCUAUUUGUGCCCUUACACUACACAAACCCUUUGGACCUGCGUCUAUAAGAUGUUCAAACACGUUAAGAACCCUAAUCUGAGACCUUCUUAAGCCAUGUCCCUGUCAGUGUCUGUAUUUUACUACUGUACAUUUUUGUGCAUGUCUUCAUUGCCGUCAUGGUUCAACCUAUCAUUUUAUUGGUUGCCAUUUUUAUCUGUCCUUGUUUCAAGGCUAUUCACUCUUUAAAAUUUUGACCCCUAUACAAGUAUAGGGCCUCUAAUCUGGCCCUCCAGCCACUCUUUAAAAUUUUGACCCCUAUACAAGUAUAGGGCCUCUAAUCUGGCCCUCCAGCCACUCUUUAAAAUUUUGACCCCUAUACAAGUGUAGGGCCUCUAAUCAGGCCCUCCAGCCACUCUUUAAAAUUUUGACCCCUACCGGGCCUCUAAUCUUGACCCUAAGGGUCACUUUUUGAAAGUUUGACACCUACAGGGCCUUUAAUCUGGCCCUUUAGAGGGUCAUGGACACUUACCACUGUACAUGGGAAAACUGGAAGUUUCAAGUGGAAAAUCCAGUGGUUUAUUGCAUGCCAUUCAGUUUGGGAAGCUACAGAAAAAAUAGCGCCGGGCUGUCAUUUGAGACCAUCGAUGCAGCAUUUUCUUCCCUUUUCAGUCUGUUCAGCCGAUUUGGAUAUUCUUCUUAGUGGGUCGUUCUCCCACUACAUCAAAAUAUGUAAUUUUUGUAGUUUUAUGUUCAUCAGCAAAAUUUCCAACCGGGUGGUUUGUGUAAAAUGUAAGCACCUUAUGUCUUUUAUUCGUUGCAAUCUGUUGUAUGCAGAGAUUACAAAUGAAAAGUUUAAAAAUUGUAACUGCAGGCCUUAAUUAAAUUAAUACUUUGUAUUCUCUUUUGACAUAUAGGCAAAUAGAAGGAAGAGUAGUAGAAAUCUCCCAGCUGCAAGAAAUAUUUUCUGAAAAGGUUUUACACCAGGUGAGAGAUCUUGCUUUGCAAUGCCAAGUACCCAUGCUGUUGAAAAACUUAUUUGACGAUUGAACAUCGUAAAGAGAAUAGAAACUUCAAAUUCCAGUCCUCUCUUGUUUUUUUUCUUACAUUCUGUUUUUGACUUUUAUUCCAAACUUUUUCAAAGUCCAACCAGAUAGACAGGAUAUAUGAAACAGCUGUUGGGACAACGGAAAAUGUCAAAGGAGGAAAUGAACAGAUUAGAGAGGUAUGGUUUUAACUAAUACAUAAAGUUAUUGGAUUUAUCACACCUGGGGGGUACUCCCUAUAAUGGCCCAUACGGGGAGGCCCCACCCAAAAGGGAUACCUUUUUCAGGCUUCCAGUUUAUGAAAGGGAUUUAACUAUAGUUGAAGUAUAUGAAAGGGUAGGGAAUUCAAAUUGGUUGUUUAUGACUGUGAAAAAGACAAGAAAACUUUCUGGUUUAGUGAUUUGACGGUGCAUCUGUAGAUCAGUUCAAAACGGAUGAAAAGCUCUAAACUAGCUAUGUGAAAAGGGUACCAUGUCAAUAAAAGGUAUACAAAAGGGGAACCUUUUCUCCCUGAUCUCUAUCAAAAAAUAAUGAUAUGUAAGAGAACAAGAGGUUGGACCUCAGGUGGAUCCUCCCUGUAUAAAAUUUUUGGAGUACCCUUCCCACCCAGGCGUCACAGCAAAACCCAGGGGAGGAAAAAACAAGUAAAGGGUGGGGAGAGCUACUCAGUAAGGAGAGAGGGUAAGUUUCUCCUUUCUCCCUCUCUUCUGCCUCUAAGCUGGAAAGUUAAAGCUUUCAAUUCUCAGCUGUUCAUUAAUCCUUUUAUUUUUUAAAAAUUUCUAGGCAAUUAAGAACAAUGCCAGCUUCAGAGUUUGGAUUCUGUUCUUUCUGGUGAUGUGUUCACUUUCUCUGCUAUUCCUUGACUGGUACAGCUGAACUGAUGAAAACAGAUGAAAUUGAAUUUUAUGAACUAAACAGUCACUUGCCAACUGGGAAAUGGAAGACUGUGCAUUCUCUUUCGAGGCUAAAUAAAUAUUAUCUCCUCGUUCUGCCAUGAACCAUUUUAAUUAUUUAUAUUAUUACUUUGGGAUAUAUAUUUUACAAUCCAUUUUUCUGUUUAUAGAGAAAUAAUAUUCCCUUACUUUUGAAGGAAAAUAAAUCAUCAAUUUGAUGAUAAAGUCAGUUGUAUUUGUGUAAAUUCAUGAUAAUUGUAUUUUAAAACCUUUUAAGCCCCAACAUCAACUUGCAUCUUCUCCACACUGU